AUGGAUGUAGACGUAUCAGAUUACUGCAGAAAAACACAAUGCAACACACGUCUUCAAACGAACCUCUCCUACAGCUACGUCCAGAGUCUUCAAACAAACCUCUCCUACAGCUACAUCCAGAGUCUUCAAACGAACCUCUCCUACAGCUACGUCCAGAGUCUUCAAACGAACCUCUCCUACAACUACAUCCAGAGUCUUCAAACAAACCUCUCCUACAGCUACGUCCAGAGUCUUCAAACAAACCUCUCCUACAGCUACGUCCAGAGUUUUCAAACGAACCUCUCCUACAGCUACGUCCAGAGUUUUCAAACGAACCUCUCCUACAGCUACGUCCAGAGUCUUCAAACAAACCUCUCCUACAGCUACGUCCAGAGUCUUCAAACGAACCUCUCCUACAGCUACGUCCAGAGUCUUCAAACGAACCUCUCCUACAGCUACGUCCAGAGUCUUCAAACGAACCUCUCCUACAGCUACGUCCAGAGUCUUCAAACGAACCUCUCCUACAGCUACAGUCUUCAAACGAACCUCUCCUACAGCUACGUCCAGAGUCUUCAAACAAACCUCUCCUACAGCUACAUCCAGAGUCUUCAAACAAACCUCUCCUACAGCUACAUCCAGAGUCUUCAAACAAACCUCUCCUACAGCUACGUCCAGAGUCUUCAAACAAACCUCUCCUACAGCUACGUCCAGAGUCUUCAAACGAACCUCUCCUACAGCUACGUCCAGAGUCUUCAAACGAACCUCUCCUACAGCUACGUCCAGAGUCUUCAAACAAACCUCUCCUACAGCUACGUCCAGAGUCUUCAAACGAACCUCUCCUACAGCUACGUCCAGAGUCUUCAAACGAACCUCUCCUACAGCUACGUCCAGAGUCUUCAAACGAACCUCUCCUACAGCUACGUCCAGAGUCUUCAAACGAACCUCUCCUACAGCUACGUCCAGAGUCUUCAAACGAACCUCUCCUACAGCUACGUCCAGAGUCUUCAAACGAACCUCUCCUACAGCUACGUCCAGAUAGCCUGGAAAAAUCCAGACUCACCGCUGUACCAGCCGGUGAUCCCCCGCUGGAUAAAAAAAUACAGAGGGGAAUCAUUCUGGUCUCACCAGGCUAACGUCCAGAGUCUUCAAACAAACCUCUCCUACAGCUACGUCCAGAGUCUUCAAACGAACCUCUCCUACAGCUACGUCCAGAGUCUUCAAACGAACCUCUCCUACAGCUACGUCCAGAGUCUUCAAACGAACCUCUCCUACAGCUACGUCCAGAGUCUUCAAACGAACCUCUCCUACAGCUACGUCCAGAGUCCUCAAACGAACCUCUCCUACAGCUACGUCCAGAGUCACUGA